UAGAAGUGAAAGUCAAGGGCACAUGACAAAUGACGUCAUCUAAUCAGGAGACAUUGAGAAAGGGAUAAUAGUCAUAAUACACAAAAGACACAUAAAUACGCAUCUACCAUUCAUUCCAGAAGAAAUAUUGUCAAGAGGAAAAUCAAGUUAUAUCCGAUUACAGAUCUACUUAAGUAAAACAAGAUGUCUCGUUUAUACCCAACUUUAGAAGAUAUGAAGGUUGACCAGAUGCAGCAGGCUCAGCAUCAGUAUGAGUCAGCUGCAAGUCAACCAAUCACAUACCCACAACAAGGGGCACCAGCUUCCUACCCACAACAAGGAACAGCAGCUCCCUACCCACAGCAGAGUGGUUCAUCUCUAUAUCCAUCACUGGGAGAAUACAUGGGAUUAAAUCUCACGCCACAGUUUGUUGAACAAAACAUGCCAGUGGUAGCACAUAAUAUGCAGAUAGCUACUACACCAAGUCCUAGUCAGUCUAUGAUUGCUCCAAUAACUGGACAAGGAAACAAAGGUUUAGUGAGAGCUGAAAUCAAAGGAGGUGUUAAGGAACUAGUAGCAUGCAAGGAUAGUGAAGGCAAAAUAGGUCUAAGAUUACGUCAUAUUAACAGUGGUUUGUUUGUUGCUCUUGUACAAAAUAAUUUGCCAGCAGCUUUAGCAGGAUUAAGGUUUGGGGACCAGAUUUUACAGAUCAAUGGACAGAAUGUAGCUGGGUGGAAUACAGAUAAAGCACAUGAAUUCCUGAAAAAAGCAAAUCCUGACAGAAUUACAUUUGCUAUAAGAGACAGACCAUUUGAAAGAACAAUAACAAUGCAAAAAGACAGUGCAGGGUACAUUGGUUUUGUAUUUAAAGAUGGAAAAAUUAAAUCCAUUGUCAAAGACUCUUCAGCAGCAAGAAAUGGUGUGUUAACAGACCAUCAUCUGAUUGAAGUUGGAGGCCAGAAUGUUGUUGGUUUAAAGGAUGACAAAAUCUCAGAAAUCAUCGAUGCUGGUGGUAGAACUAUCACAAUAACACUUAUGCCAUCAUUCUUAUAUGAACAUAUAGUUAAAUGCAUGGGUAACAGCAUUGUGAAGAAAUUGAUGGAUCACAGCAUUCCAGAUGUGUAAAUAACAUGUAAAACAUAGACGUAGACCAAUAUGUAUAGAGCAUGGCCUGUUAUUAAUAUGUCUUUAUAUUAAAAACAGUCUUAUUAUGAGGUAGUUGUGGACCCAAAGGCUAACAAAAUUCUGUGAUAGAAAUCAAAAUUAAACCUAAAGAAAUCCACAAAACUCUGUUAAAUCUAUUCUGUUGUCAGUAGGGAAUUUUAUGUUUGUGAUUACUUUUUCACUAGUCUGACUUGUACUUUAUAAGGUCAUUGCAAAACAGGGAAUCUGUGAAAUAUAAAUGUUUCUUUUAACUUUAAAACAUUAUUUCCCUCCAAACAAAUGUUUAUUUUGUAAUUUCCUGUAUAUUAGUAUAUUUAUACUUUUAAAAUUGAAUUUUAUAGAAAAAUAUAUAAAAGCAUGAUUUUCAAACAAAAUGUGAUAAAAAUAUUGUCACAUUAUUAAUUUGAUUGCAAUUAGUGUUGUUGUCUUCAUUUUUACCUCUCUUUCUAUUUUAUGGCUAUGGGAGCACAAAUUGUUUGCAGCAAAGUAGUUGGAAUAUUUUUGACAACUUUUAAUUUACUUCUGCAUGAAAACCAUGAUUAAAAAUAAUGUAAAAACUACCAUGUAAUUUAUUAUCCAGCUGUAAAUCAUGUGUUUAAUGAAUGUAAUUAUUUUGAUGUUAUCCUAAUGUCACUUGAACAGUUAGGUGUUAUAUAGUAUUGUAGAUAUGUGUGUGUUAAUUGUUCAUUCUGCAUUGUUCUAAAAACAAAAUUUCACCAAAAUAGUUUUGUGUAACAUAUUGUGAAAAAAAAAUAAUUUCAUGGUAACUGCAUCAAUCAUUUUCAGUAAAUAUUUUGUUAUUCUCAUUUAAUAAGUCUGUACCAUUUUGAUAAAUUACAACACAUCAGUAUAUUUUAGUUUAAAAACCUUUGGAAAAGAAAACAUUUAUAUAUGUCUUUAAAUGUAAUCUAGCAUAAAAUUAUAUUUUAGUUUGCUAGGUGUAUGAAGCACUGUUUGCAGUCAAAUGUUUUUUUUUAUAUCUUUGCAGAAAACACAAGUGUUCUUUUUUUAAACUCUUGAUAUAAUUCGCUGAAAUGGUGGUAUAAUAUUUUGUUAAUUCUUUGUUAUUUAAUAUUAAAUAUUUCAAUACAAGA